AUGUCCCCGAGUGCACCCACUUUCGAUCUACAGAGCCUCUUUCCCCUCCCCAACGACAUCACCCGCCUCAUACUCGACGCCUACGCCAGCUCUCUGCCCACCCAGUCUUCGGCCUUCCUCGACUUCAUCUGUCUCAACCGCCAUACGUACAGCCGAUAUCUAACCUGGAUCUACCACACCAUCGAGCGCACACACGACAAUCACCUCUCAUUCUUCGAAUCCUAUGGCAAUGUCUUCCAAGAAUUUACUUUCGCCUCCUACGACGAGCCCGAGGGUAGCGACACGUCCUUCUUCGCGCCUUCUUCCAAUCUCUCUGCAAGGCAGGGGGACAGGGCCAAAAAGGUGCGCAAAGUCAUAGCUUUCCACCACUCUGGAAAGCUUUAA